AUGUGUGCAGGGGGGGCGGGGGCGGGGGCGGCGCCUGUCGGAGAGCGUUGCAGACUUGGCAGAGCCAAGUGGGCCGGUACGACAAUUACGCAAGCAGUGAAGAUGCCGGCAGCCGACGGAUUAACGCGCCAAGGCAUGACGACAGUCGGACUGAUUGCCGACUGUCUGCUCACCCGUUCCGUCACCGUCUUCAGCUCACCUCGGCCUCAGAUUGCAGCAAUAAAGUUGUUGAAGACGGCCCGAUUACGUUUAGUAACCGACCUGUCCCUGAGCACUCCGGCCAAGGGUGUCGGGACAGCCCAACGCACCGGCGACUAG